AUGCAGAACGCGAAGGGGAAAAACCACGUCAGUGGUGGUGUGAAGCUUACCAAGCAGGACGAUAUACUGUUGGAUGAGCGCAUUAAUGCCAAUACACUGGUGUACUCAAAAAAGUCCUUAGUGGCGGUCGCCCUCAUAGCGGCGUUCCAGCCCGUGUACUUGUCGCACGCAGUGAACGGGCUGGACUGGUUUUCGCCCGCCAACACUUUCCUCUACAUUGCCGUGAUGAUCUUCACUGUGUGCAUGCUGACGCAGGCGUACAUUACGAUGGUGGAGAGUGAGUUCUGGCGCCGCCAGCGUCACUACCACGAGGUGCGGGAGUGCGACGAGAAGCUGCUGCACAAACUGCGGCUGCAGGUGGCGGUGGGGUACACGCUUUUUUUCAUCAACAGCGUCUUCUCUGUCUUUUGCACGGGAUUACACAUGUAUAUCUUCCGUCACUCGGACCCACGCGCCAGCUUCAUAUUGUCGCCAACGCUGACCGCGGCGCUGCUGUGGCUGGUCGCGCAGAAGAACGAGGAGAGCCGCCGCCGUCUCAUGGCACAACACAAGUGA